CGUCUGAAAAGCAUUCCAACAUUUUGACAGUCAGUGAAAAUCGCUUUCUUCGUGGCAGUGAGAAUUCAUAUCGCUUCAAAGUUUUAUUUUAUAUUAUAAGGUAAGAAAUCUUGUUUUAAUUGGUGGGUUUUAGAUGGCUUCACGAGACUGCAAUGGUUGUCAACGGCAUAUAGGAGGCCUUGGUACCUUUUACGGGAUCAAGGGAAUUAAACCAAAUCUCAAUGAGAUCAUAACAUAUAUUAUGAAAAGAAUUUAGAUUAUUUUAUGACUUUGAUAACUGCCAGUUUACCACCAAAAACUGUUUGAUAAUGCUUAGUGAAAUCAAAUUAUUCAGCGAAAGAUAUCAUAUAUAUGAUAGGGUUGAGAAUCUUUUUAAAGGAGGGUUUUCAACAGUAAAUUUGUAUGGCGUAAUGCGUAAUAAACGAUUCAAUGUUUCGUUAUAAAACGCUGGCAUUUUGAAGGUUUUCUAGUUGGGGGUUAUGGCAUAAAAAUGAUCUUACAGAGUCAUCAAGAUGUACAGAGAGUGAAAAUAGAAAUUACGGGAAAAGAUAUAGUAUCAGAAUGUUUUAAAACAGUUAGCAUUAACAAUUGAACUCAAAUAUUUUCUAUUUAUGCAAAACUGAUGCAAAUUUUAAAUUUAGUCACACAAUCAUUACCCAAACUGAAUUCUAUGGUUUAAAAAUACAGAAUAACGACUGAGUCCAGAUACUGGGUCAACUGUGCUUAGCCUUGAAACCCAAACUUCGAUAAUAGAGACCUCAUAUUAAGACUGAUGUUUACGGCACACGGCAAACUUCAAAUCGUGGUCAACUGUUAUAGCUGUUUCAUAUGAAGUUAGUCGACCAAUCGUGCGUUAAAAUCGGAUCGAGUCAUGGAUUUAAUAGCUACUCGACUAUCGAAAGCUUGUAUAAAUUACUUUCAAAUGGGGUUUGAAGUUGGCCAUUUGCGAAUUGCGGUGUGUCGUCAUAAACGUCAAUCUUAAUCUAUAUAUAGUAUCUAUAUUUACCUAUAUGAGGGCUGCAUAGAUACAUGAAUUUGGUAUAACAUGAGUGACGAAUUAGUAUAUUUAUCUAGGUACUAGAAUAAUGUUAUAUUCAGUAAGUUAAUUGUAAGAGUCGCUAAUAAAUGGAUAAAAUAGCAGCUGGAUUUGCCUAAUUUUUACUUGAGAAAAUAGGAUUGGAUAAUGAUUGGUUUCAAUCCUUGUUCGGACCUCUACUCAAGGUCUUAAAAUAAUUGAGGAGAAACUGAGCUACAUUUACAUAGUUGACAUUCUCGGAUAAGCCUUCUCGGAUAUAAGGACGCUAAAUCAUAGGUACCUCGGAUCCCCUAUCAAUUUGGCAAUAUAGCCUGUUGCAUGGGAAAUUCGCUUACCAACGAACGAGGAACUCAAUAAACAAGGGGGGUAAUUCAUGCAGUGAAGCAAUAAUUUUCAGUCUGUUAGGAAUGAAAUUUAGCAAAUCUGUGAGUCGCGCGGUGACUGGCAAACAGAACUUGGUUAUGGGAAUUAAAACGCCACUGUCCGAAGAUCUUCACCAUGGGUUUAUACUGAAGACUGUAGUCAUAAAACGUGCCCAAUAAAAAGUAGACGAAUACAAUUUUAAAUCGUGUAUAAUGUCGGUUUAGAAAUACUAAAAAAUUCUUUGCUUUGUCUUGAAUACAAAACGGACAAAAUAUUUUUAAGGGGGUUUCUAAGCAACCAAUGAAAAUUGGAGUGGUUAUCAGCAGGGUGUGAGUGGAUUUCCCACUUGGUAAAUUAAAAAUAUAGAACGAAAUAGAAAUUUCUUUGACAUUAACAGAAAGACGUUUGAUAAUGCCUUUGGAAAAAUUUCUGAAAAAUUCCUUGUCAUGAGAUGAAUUAAAAAUUGCUUUGCCUUUGUUUCCCCUGCCAAAAUAAAUCUAAUGCAUGAGAUCCAUCUGGAAACAGUUGAUCAAUAUGAUGUUUGUACUAUAAAGAUAUAUUACAUUUCUUCGUAGAAUCAUCCAAAUAUUACACAAUCCCAAAAAAUCAUAUUUGGACUGCCUUGGCUAUGUCGCCAUUUAAAAAUAUUGAAAUCGAGAUUUGUUUCUCCUAUUUAUAGACUAUUUAGACACAAUGAAUAUCCGACUGCUUCAAGCUUGCCUCGUUUUGGCUUUGCUGGGUAAGUAUUAUCGAAACUAACGCGUCGGUGUACUAUUAUUCAUAUACAGUAGAGAGCGAACAAGAAGAUUGAUCGUAUCACGAUCUUUCUCAUCAGUCGAAAUAUAACAUUUUAGAACUGAAAAUACGCGGAGUGAUUAUAACUAGAAAAUACUUAUGAUUUAUUUAUGACCAUAUGGAAACCAGGCUUAAACUUCCACAAGCAAAUAUGAUUCUUAUAAUGAGCAAUAUUUCGGGGUCACUGAAUUAUAAAUGUAAUGUAUUUUAAUGACAUCAUAUCAUGAAUUUCAUCUUGCAAUUUCCCAAGUAUUAAUAUCUACAUCAAUACUCAAAUAUUUAAAAGUCAAAUAUUUUUACAUAAUACCACCAACAACACAAGACAAUUGAAGAAUCAGAAUUCAGUCACGAUCGAGAGCGAGGCUCGAUGGAAAAGCGACGUUCACCUGGAUUUAAUGAGUGACAUUUUCUUCCAUUCCAGGUGCGGUAUUACAAUAUGUCGCUGGUGAAGCAGGUAAAUUGAUUAGACAUGUUUUAGCUCGCUACUGUGGUUUGUAAAUGAAUGCCAAGCCCGGUAAAGAUAAGCCAGACUAUUGAUCUCGGGAAGGGGGGCUUCACCCCAAUGAGUUUCCGUCACAAACUGCGAAAUAACCUUUGUUAUGUAGUCUUAUAUAAGUCUUGUGAGAACUGUUCAGUAGUAUAGCUUCAGCAAGUCAAGAUAAAGCAAGGCUGCUGACUUCGCGGAGAGGGGGUGGGGAGGGCUUCACAAUUUACCAAAUACCGACUCUGAAACUCAUUAGGGGGAGGGGCCACUGUCCAAAUUUGACAGAGGUUCAUUACCUUCUAAUAUUUAGCAACUAAAGAAGACGUGAAUGAAGUGGGGAAUUUGUUGAGCGGUGUGUUGGGCAUUAUGGGCGUUGGCAUCGUACUGAUCAUCGUCAUUGCAAUUAUCAUGGGCAUUAUGUAAGUUCAUCUUGAAACUGUUUGCGUCAGUGUAGGUAGUGUCAUUGGAGAGCUUACGAUACACAAAAUCUACGACGCGGACGUGACGAAAAACUGCCGCUAUUAUCACAGUUUCGCCUCACGGGUAAAAACUAUGGAUGUCUGUUGGGAAACAAAUAGCCAGGGACAUGAGAAAAACAAAGUAAAACUAGCCUCCAACUACUAGCGACUGUUUUUUAGUCGAGUCCGCAUCGCAGAUUUGGUGUAUCUUAAGCUCGCUAAUAACAAGAACGCGUGUCUGGGGGUGAAGAUUUGGCUUCAAGAAAAAGAUAGGCAGUCUACAGGCAGUUUUGAAUGUAAAUCGGAUGGGGGCAUUGUCGGAAUAUAGUCUGCACAAUUUCUAUUUUAUGUUUUAGACAUCGAUUUAUGUCUCGCUUUUAUAAGUUAGGGACUGUCAUCAGGGGGCAAGGACUGGAGUCAGAAUUCAUAAACUACUUGAAUUUAUAACCCAUGCUUUUUUAUUAACAGGAGCUGGUCAAAAUACUGACGAGGAAAUGAUAAUCCGCCAAGAAUAAAAACAUGCUACACUCUUCUAUUUAUCACUGAUAUAUAAUCUUCUAGACAUCUCGUAUUUUAGCACUUAGAAAUGUAGUUUUACGGUACUAGUAUAAUUGCAUGCAUCAAUUCAUGCUCGUCCUCAAUUUCUGUACAACAUAUAAUCUUUUAUAAACUGUAACUCGCGUAUAAUUCCAAGGCUUAAAAAAUUCUGCUAUAUAGUAAAUAAGCGUUUCUAAUAAAUUUACUUGAAAGGUUACGAGUGGAUUAUUGUGAACAAUUUCGGAAUUUUACCUCAGGGGCGGGGGGGGGGGGAACCUCCCCCCAUACACAUUCAUGAACGAGUCGAAAAUUUGUUGC